CAUAAAUAUUGAAACAUCUCCCAGUUUGUUCAGUCAGUCGAACAGCUAACAAGUCAACCGACCAAAAUGUCCAAGAUGAUCCUGUCCAUCACUCUCCUCCUGCUCUUGUGUCUGUGCAGCAACUCCGCAGCAGACAGCCGCACUGCUGGAAAAAAGACGCAAUGCUGCACAAGGGUCUCAUUGAAAAAUAUCUCCAAAGACAUAAAAGGGAACAAUUACCAAAACCAGACUGCCCAUGGCGAAUGUGUGAAUGCUAUAAUUUUCAGGACAAAAAAAGGCGGUAGAAGGGUCUGUGUUGAUCCCAACGCUGCAUGGGUGAAGAAACAAAUCGCCAGUAUGACACAAGUUGAAGUUGGAAAGGUGUGA